AUGUCCGGCGCAGGUAACAGAGAGCUGGUCUUCCCCACGCGGAUGACGUUGGGCCUCAUGAAGGGUAAGUUGAAGGGCGCCCAGCAGGGCCAUUCGCUUUUGAAAAGAAAGUCCGAAGCGUUGACCAAGAGAUUCAGAGAUAUCACCCAGAGAAUCGACGAGGCCAAGCGGAAGAUGGGCCGUGUGAUGCAGACCGCCGCGUUCUCCUUGGCCGAGGUUCAGUAUGCCACCGGUGAUAACAUCUCGUACCAAGUCCAAGAGAGUGUCCAGAAGGCUCGGUUCCAGAUCAGAGCCAAACAGGAGAACGUUUCCGGUGUGUACUUGCCGGCGUUCGAGAGUCACAUCAACGAGGACAUCAACGACUUCAAAAUGACCGGUUUGGGCCGUGGUGGUCAGCAGGUGCAGAAGGCCAAGAUUGUAUACACCAAGGCUGUAGAGACGCUUGUAGAGUUGGCGUCGUUGCAGACAGCGUUCAUUAUCUUGGACGAGGUCAUCAAGGUCACAAACAGAAGAGUCAAUGCCAUUGAGCAUGUGAUCAUUCCCAGAACAGAGAACACCAUCAGUUAUAUCAACUCCGAGUUGGACGAGUUGGACCGUGAGGAGUUCUACCGGUUGAAGAAGGUGCAAGAGAAGAAGCAGAUUGCCGUUGCUGCGGAAGAGGCCGAGGAAUUGGCCAAGAGACAGGCCGCAGAGGGCGCUUUGGAGGACGCCGAAACGGAAGACGUUGACGACGAACUUGACGACAAGGUCGAGGAUGUCGAGGGCGCAGAGGAGGAAGAGGAUGAGGCCGUCGCCGAGGACGCUUCAGAUGCCGCCUCUGUUCCUGCGUCUGCAAGUGCCUCUGCAGAGGCCUCGCCUGCCCCUGCUGGCAAGAAGAAGAAGAACAAGAAGAAGAAGAAGAAGGCUGCAUCCACUGCCGUUCAACCCAGCGAGAGCGAAAUCAUCGAGGACGUAGAGAAGUUGGCAGGCGGUGCUGCUGCCGGCUCCGAGGAUGUGUUGCAGGAGAACGAGGACGACAUUAUUUUCUAG